AACACGAGAAGACACAAGUAUGAAUUUUGAACUAUCUAUUUCCUUAAUAUAUAUAAACUGCCAUUUUCUCGUUCCCAAAUAUCAACAAAAAAACACUCAAACUCCAUAUUUAUUCCCAAAAAAAUGUCAAAAGGAGAAGGGAGAAGCUGCAAGAAAUGCUUAGCAUUUGUUGCAGUAUUCAUAGUGUUUCAAGCAGCCAUCAUUUUAGCGUUGGCUCUCACAGUUAUGAAGGUCAAAAGCCCUAAGCUGGGGUUCAAUGCUAUGGUUGUCGAAACUUUCACCUUCGUCGAAACUUUCACCAACGGCACAACCACGUCCAUCAAAAUGAAGCUCCUCGCUCAGCUCACCAUUAAAAACACCAACUUUGGUCAUUUCAAGUAUGACGAGAGCACCCUCGUCAUACUGCACAAGGGUGUGCCACUCGGGGAACAAGUGAUCCCCCCGGGGCGCACCAAGGCCAAGAAAACGCAGAAGUUGGAGAUCUCCGUGGACGUGAACACGGAUAGGGGACCGGGUAGUGAAUUGAGAAAUGAGAUCAAUUCUGGGAAUUUGAAGCUCAGAAGCCAAGCAAAAUUGAAUGGGAAGGUGCAUUUGAUGAAAAUCAUCAAGAAGAAGAAAUCUGGUGAAAUGAAAUGUGAUUGGGACCUCAAUUUGGGCACUAAAGAGAUUGAGAAUUUGAAGUGCUAGUUGAUUAUAAAUUAUGUAAAUUAUCUUCGACGUCUAGAUGGGGUGUGUUUUUUUAUUUUUAUUUUUAUUUUUUUAUAAA